AAGUCACUUCGCGCAUGUUCAGUUGCUGGCAUUGCAUAAAGUCAUCAUGGUUGAUCAUGGAGCCGUGCGUAAGUUAUCAACGAACACUCACAGUUUCAUUGUGUCUAAAGUCAAGGACAUAUCGUUCAGCAUCUAUGCCUUGAACCGGGCGCCCCCUCACGGGAAACCUCGAACCGACCCGGAAAGAAUCUCAUGCUACCAACACGAAGAAUUAGACUGGCGCAACAACUGCCUUCCCGACGUACUUGUAUUUCCUCGUUACUCGUACUGCCAAGGCAAAAUAGACUCGAUGGAUGUCAAACUUCUGUUGGAUCAUUUCGACAAAGAUCAAGGCCCGGGUCGAACUUGGCCGCCUUCUAAACGUUGCCUUGUCUGUCCCGAGUGCAGAGAUCCGACCAUUGGCUGCACUGGAGUCGUUGUGAUUGAAUUUAUUUUGAAGGCCACGCCCAUCAAGAAUUACCCGUAUAAGUAUCCUGCGCAGAAACGGGAGUUCACGCCUGUCCUGCUUGUGUCCCGUUUUAUCCCGCGGUUGUACCACGAUAGCUGCUAUUUAAAGUUCAUGGAUAACUGUAUCAAAUGGGGUGCACCCGAUGAUUGGUUCUCGUGCGAACGAGAGAUUCUUGGGCCAGGACAAGAGCUGAAAAAUCAUCCAAACCUUACGAUGCAGUGGCUGGAUGUCUAUGAUGCUCUCAGCGAGUACGACGAACACCUGAGAAAUUAUUUCCACAAGGAAGUGCCCAUGUUCCCGCAGGACGAGAGUAAAGUGCCGAAAAAUAUGUCGCCAAACGAUCUCGACUACGAGGACCCUCCAAAGGCAGAAGAGAAAGAGAAAGAAGUCGUUAGUAAAUCUAUGGUGACCGCUUUGCAUGGUAAAGCAAACGAGGCUUUAGAAAAGAAGUUGUAUGGCACUGCAGCUGAACUAUAUACAAGGACUCUGACUGUGAGUGAUUCAGACCAGCAUAUUUUACUGUCAAAUCGUGCGAAGGCUUACUUGGCGAUGAAGAAAUAUGAUGAAGCGAUCGAUGACGCCAACAGGGUGAUCCGUCUUGAACCGAACUGGAUCGAGGGAUACCAACGAAAAGCUGAAGCUCUAAUUGAAAUGGAUCGUAAGUUCGAGGCGAUACCGAUCAUCACUGUUGCGUGUGACAUCGAUCCGAAGGAUACAGUAUCAGCCGCUCUGCUUACACGUGCGGUUGAGUUAAAGCAAGACUCGAUGCACAUGUAUCGGGUGCUUAAUGCACACCGAUUUAGGAGAUAUGAACGAUUUCUGGACCUUGUCUGUUGUGCUGUGAGGGACAUGCUGGAGAAUGCACCGGCGGUUGAAAAUGAUGAUGGCUUGAUGUCAGUUAACGAGCGAGCAGCAGCUAUUAACAAUCGUCUGUGUCCAGAAACGAAGCUCAUGUUUGCAAUGCAGUUUGCUCGUCGUUUGUCGCAAUAUCUUCCUCGAUUAGGACACCCGUCGCUCGAAAAACACGCUCGUUACUUUGCUGCUAUCUACAAAAAACAUGAACCAAUGAUUGCAAAGAUUGGCACCUUGUUGAGUCAAUAUAGUGAAUCAGGUGUUCCUGUCGAUUCGAUCAGACCAAUGACAGAUGCUCCAGGCAGCAUAAAAAAAUCUGAGAAGGCUGCCUUGAAGAAGCUUGGUGGAAACCCAAAGAAGAAGAAACGAACCAAGGAGAAGAUGAAGGCAAUGAAGCUUUCGGCACCAGCAACGGUCCCUUGUACAGACCCCGAAGAUGUGGCUGCAGCUCUCAGGUACACUCUGGCAAAUGACAAAGACUUUCUAAAACUGAGGAGAGGACAAUUCGACGAUUCAGGUGACUUUGAUUAUGACGAUGAACCUGCCACAGUUAAAUCUGAAGAGGCUGAAGUCAGUGAAUCGAAAUCCAAACCUUUAACAACGAAAUCUGAGUCAAACGCCUCGAAGGCAAAAUCUGAGUCAAAGGCAUCGAAGGCAAAAUCUGAGUCAAAGGCAUCAAAGGCUAAAGCAUCAAAGGGUAAGGGAUCGGGUCAUACAGUCGUUAAAUUAGAUACGAGCAAGUCUGAAAAUCCAAAGUUUAUGGUGGUUGGUAAAGGAGAAGGUGGGAUCGACAAGAUAAUGGAUUCUAUGUCAAAUGCAGACGCGGUUGCAUCGUUUAGUGACCCAGACAAUCCCAUGAGGACGUAUGGAUUGAGUGAUAAAUACAUGGAGCUGCUAAAGGACCACUAUACAGAAAUAUCACAUCGCACGGAAGGCUUUCCACCAACAGCUUUGGAAGUUAAAUGGGCUUCAUUGUGUAAUCGAGACCCACACGAGUUAUCAUUAGAGGAGCUGCACACAGUGCUGACAGUCAAUGGAAUUUGUAUCAUGGGUGCAGUCAGCCGAGAAAAAUUACUAAAGUAUUCUGAGAAGACUCUUGACAUGCAGCAGUUUAUUCGUAAGAAGAAACAAGAUGAGGUCAAAGAAAAGGAAGAAGAAAAAGAAGCAAAAGCAAAAGAGCUGGAUGACGCUUGGGAUAGUGAUGAUCCAGAGUUCCAGACAAUGAAGGCUGUUCUAAUGGAAGAGAAGAGGAAAAUGGAGGAAGAGAAACGCCUUAACUGGGAAUCAAAGAGUGAAGCAGACAAGAUUCGUACUUUGGAAAGGAAGAAAAGGAUGGAAAAGUACACUGAUCCCGACAUAAGCUGGACAGAUCUAGAUAUGGACAACAUGGUCUCGACUACACUGGAGCGCGAUCUCUUCAAGAGUCUCUAUGAAGAAGACCAGAAGAAACGAGACGAAGAAGCUAAGAAGAGACUUCUCAAAGAGGAAGAGGACAAGAAACGUCAACGGGCAGAGAAGAAACAAGCUGAACUGAUAAAGAAAUUGGAAAUGAAGACAAAGAAUAAAGAUGACGAUAAAAGUGAUCAACUGCCAGGGCAGGAUUCAGAGGUUCAAAGUAAAGCAAAGGCAUUACCAAAGGAAACAAAGAAUGAGGCAACAGUGGACAAACAGAAGGCGUCAGCUGAACAAAAGCCAGUUGCAGCAGCCAUGGAUCCAUCAAUAGUCACAGCAAGUUCAAUGUCAGAUGAAACUGGUGAAAAGGAAGACAAGUCAAAGAUUACCAAACUGUGCAAUCAUUGCUUAUCAUCAAGUACAAAGAUGUUGAAAUGUGGACGAUGCCUGGCUGUUCAUUACUGUAAUCGUGAAUGUCAGAAGGCAGACUACGCAAAGCACAAGAAAGUCUGCCAAAAGAAGUAAACAUAAUGGAACACUGGAAUGACAGUUA